UUUUCUACUUGUGGGCUGGGACAUCUUUGCACUGGCUAGGGAUGUCCUUCUUCCUAAUGAAGACUGAAGAGGAUAAUUGGGCAUCAACAUCUAUUUAUCAACAAAUCACUUUAAGAUUUCUUGAUAUGAAAGUGGUCAUGCCAUUUCAUAUAGUUUGGAAUUUUAGUUUAAUCAAGAAUAUAAAAUGUAAUAUUUCAAAUCAUGGAGACAAAAAAAAACAAGAAGAACUAGAGUAAUUUUUCUAAAAUAAUAAUAUAAAAAAGGCGAAGAGAAAUUAAAAUUCACAGGGGCUGAGUUGAUCCGGAUCUUAAAAUACAGGCCCGAGUCCGGCCAUAUAAAAGAUAGUGAGUGUUGUAACUAAAGCAGGCAAGAUGGCGGCUUCACUUGGUUUGCACUGCCACCACUACCAUGUUGCAGCAGCAGCUAAUCCACUACGCAAAGCCGCAAAGCAAGCUCUAUCUUCUCUAAUACUGAAACCUUCAAAGCCUCAUCAUCACCAUAGUUGUUGCUAUAAUAGUGAUAGUGUUGGUGCCAAAGAAAUUAGAAGCCCAGACUUGGUUGCUUUGGAGUAUGCUGACCUUAAUCUUUCUGAUAAAAUUUCCGGGGAAUUGGGUCAUGUAAGAAUCAGGCAACAUGUAAAUCCUUUGAGUUCCUCUUUCUCUGUGCCUGCACAAGUGCCUGAUUGGAAGGAAGUUUUCAGGGACCCAACAUUGCCACUCAUGGUUGAUAUUGGAAGUGGGAGUGGCAGAUUUCUCAUUUGGCUUGCGAAAAGAAAUCCUGAUUCAGGAAACUAUUUGGGACUUGAAAUAAGGCAGAAACUGGUCAAGCGUGCGGAAUUUUGGGUAAAAGAGCUGGCUCUUACUAACAUACAUUUCCUAUUUGCAAAUGCUACAAUAUCUUUCAGACAACUGGUUCUCUCAUAUCCUGGACCCUUGAUGCUAGUCUCAAUUUUGUGUCCAGACCCUCAUUUCAAGAAAAGGCACCAUAAAAGAAGGGUUGUGCAGAAAACAUUAGUAGAUAACAUCAUCAGUCAUUUAGUUCCUGGAGGGAAGGUUUUUUUGCAGUCUGAUGUGCUUGAUGUGGCUCUGCACAUGAGAAGCCAAUUUGAUGCGGAGUCGGACGCGCUUCAGCACCUCGAUGAACUUGACCCGAGUGUACCCUGUGACAGUGAUGGAUGGCUACUGGAUAAUCCAUUGGGAAUCAGGAGCGAAAGAGAAAUCCAUGCUGAAUUUGAAGGAGCGAAAAUUUACAGAAGGUUGUACCAGAAGAGGAAAUAAUUAAGAAGUAAGCUGUUUUGACGAACUAGUUAAUGUUGGAACCAUAAACACAGCCGAAACGAUAAAUUUAAAAUUUUUAUUUGAAAAUUUU